AUGGUAGCAGGCUCAAUGGACUAUAUUGUGGAAUAUGACUAUGAUGCAGUGCAUGAUGAUGAGUUAACAAUCCGAGUUGGGGAAAUCAUCAGGAAUGUGAAAAAACUGGAAGAAGAAGGAUGGUUGGAAGGGGAGUUAAAUGGCAGAAGGGGCAUGUUCCCUGACAAUUUUGUGAAGGAAGUUAAGAAGGAUGUAGAGCCCAAGGAUGAUGCUGUGCCACUCAGGAGGGAGAAGUCUGGCAAUGUAGCCAGCCUUGUGCAGCGUAUGAGCAGCUAUGGGCUUCCAGCAGGAGGAUUUCAGCCUCAUCCCCCAUCCAAAGCCUUCAAGAAGAAGUCCAAGAAGCGGCAGUGCAAAGUGCUCUUCGAGUACAUCCCGCAGAAUGAGGAUGAGCUGGAACUCAAGCUGGGGGAUGUGAUUGACAUCAUUGACGAGGUAGAAGAAGGAUGGUGGAGUGGAAUACUGAAUGGCAAGGCAGGGAUGUUUCCUUCAAACUUUGUGAAAGAAUUGGAGUCAACGGAUGAUGGAGAAACACAGGAUGCUCAUGCUCUGGAUGACACAGAGCCUGUUUUCAAUAGUCCUACCUCACCUGUGACCUCUCCAGGAAAUGGGAGUGAACCUGCAUUGGGACCAGCACAGCCAAAGAAAAUCCGUGGAGUUGGGUUCGGAGAUAUCUUUAAGGAAGGCUCAGUGAAACUUAAAACGAGAUUAUCCAGUAAUGAAUCAGAAGAUAAAAGAUCAGAAGAUAAAAAGCAAGAUAAGCCGUUACCUAACCCUCCCCCUGGAACAAAGUUAAUUCAUUUUCCUAGUAUAACAAAAACUGAAAACACACCUGAAGUAAUAAAACCAGAAGCUGAAAGCAAACCAAAAGCCAAGGAAUAUUGCAGGACAAUAUUUUCCUAUGAUGGCUCAAAUGAUGAGCUCAGCUUUAAAGAAGGCGAGAUCAUUCAAAUAAUCAGUAAGGACACUGGAGAGCCAGGCUGGUGGAGAGGAGAACUCAAUGGUAAAGAAGGAGUCUUCCCUGAUAACUUUGCUGUUCAAAUACAGGAGUCUGAUAAAGACUUCCCUAGGCCAAAGAAACCUCCACCUCCAGUUAAAAGUCCAGCUGCAAGACCUGAAUUGCCAACUGGAGAGAAGAAAUUCCUUUCUUUGAGGUCUGAAGAAAAAGAUGAAAAAGGAGCUUUGGAUCAGAAGCCUUUGAAGCCACAAGCUCCUCAAGUUCCACCCAAGAAGCCUAUUCCUCCAAGCAAGACCAACAGCUUACUGAGAGCAGGGCUCCUGCACCCAAAACGUCCGGACAAACCUGGUUUGCCAUCAUCUGCAUCCAAAACUAAUGGAGAAGUUGUUACUCUUCGACCGAAAUCUGAAGUUGAGCCAGUAGCAAAACCAAAGUUAGACUCUGAAGCAUUGCCACUCAGACCAAAAUCAGUAGAGGUAGAUUCACUUGUGGUAAAGAGCUCUAAAGAAUCAGAUCUGUUAAGCUUUGAUGAUGUCAUAGCUACCUCAGAUAAUCUGUCCCACCCGACCGCGAGCCGGCCCAGGAUGCCUGGUCGGAGGCUGCCUUCCCGUUUCAAUGGCAGUAGUCCUGCAAGUCAAAGUGUGAGUCCAGAAAAAAUUUUGAAGGUGCAGAAAGAAGAAGAAAGUGCCAAACCAAAGCCAGUUGAAACAAAGAAGCCAUCUGCAUUCAGCCCACUGAUUCCACCUUCAUCUCAGAGACCAAGUUCUGUCAUACUCGACUUUUUACCUGGAGACCUCCAACCUAAAGGAGAAGCAGAUGAUGAAAAAAAUUCUGUGGAAGAGCUCAGGACUCAGAUUAAUGAUUUAUUGGGUUUAGUAGAUGCACUGAGGAAAGAGCAUGGGAGAGAACUGGAAAAACUAAAGAAGGAUUUGGAAGAAGAGAAGCUGUUGCGAAGCAGUCUGGAGCUUGAAGUAGAAAAAUUGAAGAAAGCAGUGAUGUCUACAUGAGACAGCUAUGGACUCAAUGUUUUUAACUCGCCAGGAAUUCAAAGCUGAACACAAGGAGAACUGACUCUUAUUUCAUUAUAAUGGAUGCUGGUGUUCUACAGUCUUAAAGAAAAAAUAUAGAAAAAAAAAAAAGGAAUAUAGUCUUAUAUUCAGAGAGAUAAGAAAACAAAAAAGAGUAAUGGUGUAAUUUUUUUGCCAAUAUAAAAGAGGCCUUAUUUCUUACUGUGCUGGAAUUGCAGACCUUAUUUUUUUGGUUUGCUUGAAAAUACUACUGAAUCUGUAUAGAAAGGAGAGGGAAUUCUUAAUAGAUUUUUAUUGAAUACCUGUAGCUUAAUUUUUAAAGAGAUAUAUGCUAUAAAUAGGGUGAUCUGUCUUUGCAACUAAUCUGUAAAAUAGUCUGUUGGAAGGGAUGAAAUAACUGUAUCGUAAUUGUAGUCAGUACUUCUCCCCUUCAUGCAAAAAGGGAAUAUAUGGUAUUUGUAUGAUUUUGGCAGUCCUACCCAGGGUUAUGCUGUUGUGCCUGUCUGCAGUGAGAAUAUUAAUACUAUGCUGUUCAUAAGUUGAGUAAUGACAUAGGAAUUUGUUAGUGCAAUGAAGCAGGUGAAACUCCUAUGCAUUGUAGAAAGAUUGAAAGAUCUAAUCUGAGUAGUUCAGCAGAACGGUUUGUCACUUGCACUACUGGAUUAAAAAGGGAUUUAAGACUGAAUUGUGUAAUCAUGACAAAAUUAACAAACCACAAAAUGCAAGGAAUACAGAAACAAAGUGAGAGUCCAGUCUUAACUCAACCUGUUGUGCCUAAAAUAUUACAGUAUACAGCAUGAAAGGGCAAACCUUAAGUCACAGCAUCUGUGCUUCUGUGUUUCAUUGGUCUCUCUAGUGGUUCGAGUAUGCAUCUUGAUCUGUUUUUACAAUAGUCAGGUUUUGUUUAUAAUAUAUCUCCAAAUAAAUCCCUUUGGAACUUUGAUACUCUCAAAAGCUCUCAAUAUUUAUAUAUUUAUGCCAUAAACUUUCUCAGUAUAUUGCAUACCUCUGAACUUAGUAACAUCUUUGUAUUUUAAUGAGUGAUUGGAACAAUUGCUUUGACAUCAUUGUACUGGUGUCCAACAUGGUGUUGUUACUUUAUGGAAAAGAAGUUGAGAUCUUGUGGAUUACCAUUAUCUUUAACCCCUGGGCUCAAAACUUGCACCAGUAUAAUACACAAAUAAUAUGCAAAGUGAUGGGAGACAAUGGUAUUUAAUGCUGUGUUUGUCUGAUUAAAGAAUUAAAAAACAGCUUUAGAAAGCCAGUCAAAUUCAUUAGUUCUGUUAAUCAGCUCAUCUCCUUUAGGUCUGCUGUAACUUAAAAGACAAAAACAUGCCACAUGAUUUGGCAACUUUACCAAUAAAAGAGAAUAAUUAAGCUUUUCUUCAUGGAAGUAGUCAUAAAUAUAGUACUUAUUCAGUGUGUCACUUGUUCAAGGGACAUGGAAGUGUUACUUCUUGAGAGUAAUCCCACACUGUGGGAUUCUUCCAUAAUUGAUGUGUCAUAAAAUACAGAAGUCAAAAAGUCAAUUGGGGAAUGUUUGUCCAUUACU